AUGGUCCGCUUCUCCAACGGUGUUCCCCAAGCGAUAUGGUAUUCCCAACACGCCAACGGCCAAGCCUUCACCUACCCGACCGUCACCAAACACUCUGACAAUCUCCGUCCCAUAGCCUACUCCUCCAAAGGAAGUCAUGCCAACUAUGCCAUACCGGGAAAGCAUGAUCACACAAUCCCCAACCUCAACCUACCGGCCGGUGUGCUCGAGGACGACACGGAUCAGGGCACGCUGUGGGAUCCUUUGUUGUCCGCCUGGUUCUACCAUUUCGAGGCUGACAGUAAUGACUUCACGGCUUUGGGCGAAGGUACGCCGACCGAGUGGUUGAUGUUCAAGGGGAGAUGGGGCGAUGAAAAGUAUCCCAACAGUGACCCGAGGCAAAGGGAGCUGUUCGGUCAGACCAAGUUUAGCAGUGGGCCAACGGGGCCGGCGGACAAGCAGCUGAACAGGAAAGAGGUUUGUCCGGAAAAUGGUCUCAUCUGUAUUGUGAGGAGGAUACUGGUGCCAAGGAGCGAGGAAGGUGUCAUGGUCACGUCCUAG